AUGCCCGGCGGCCCCAACAUCAGCUUCCGCAUGCCGCCCACCUUCUUCCUCGUCGGAGUCCCCGGACUGGAAGAUGGCGCCAUUUGGGUCUCCGUCUCUUUCUGCGCCGUUUACAUCCUGGCCGUUCUGGGUAACUGCAGCCUCCUGUACAUCAUCAGGACGGAGAAAAGGCUUCAUGGGCCGAUGUACUUCUUCCUGUCCAUGCUGGCCCUCAACGACGUGGCCUUCUCCAGCUCCACCGUGCCAAAAAUGUUAGCAAUAUUCUGGUUUGGCGACGGCCAGGUGGCCGCAGAAGGCUGCCUCGCCCAGAUGUUCUUCGUCCACUCGCUGUCGGUGGUUGAGUCGGGGAUCUUGGCCUCCAUGGCGUUUGACCGCUUCAUUGCCAUCUGUUACCCCUUGAGAUACACGUCCCUCCUGACGGUUGCCCUCCUAGGAAGGAUCGCCGCCGUCAUCGUGGUUAGAGCCAUAGUCACCAUCUUGCCCAUUCCCGUUCUGGUGGGGCGACUCCAGUAUUGCCGGGAGAACGUCGUGUCGCACUCAUACUGCGAGCACAUGGCCGUGGUGAAACUGGCCUGCGGAGAUACGCGGGUGAACAGCGUGUACGGCCUCGUGCUCUCCCUCUCCAUUACCGGCUUCGACCUCCUAUUUAUUGGCCUGUCCUACGCGAUGAUCUUACGGGCCGUCCACAGACUCCCCUCCCGGGGCGCGCGGCACAAGGCGGUGGGGACCUGCGGCUCGCACGUCUGCGUCAUCGUCGUCACCUACCUGCCGGGGAUAUUCUCCUUCGUCACCUACAGGUUUGGCCAGAAUUCGGUUCCCCACGACGUCCACGUCUUAUUCGCCAACAUUUACAUCUUAUUUCCCGCGUUACUGAACCCCGUGAUCUACGGGGUGAAGACGAAGCCGAUCCGGGAGAGAGUCCUGAAGACUCUCCUGCGCGAUGACACCGCUGCGUUCCGCUCUCCCCGUUGA